GAAGGAGGAAGGGUGGAUUCUUUUUUUUUUCGUCUGGCAGGCUGAGCAUUUUUAAAAUCAUGCAACAUGAAUGUAACUAACAGCACUGGAGCAGAGGGACUCGCGCCCUGGAACUUCAACGGCUCAUUGAGCAACGCAUCCAGUGAUGCCAACUUCACUUGUGACAACAGCAGCACCAAUGGCUCAUGUGCAGCGGUUGAGGCGGACGGUGACAGCCCGCACAAGACGGUGGAGAUGGUCUUCAUUGCACUGGUUACAGGAUCCCUCAGUUUUGUCACUGUUGUGGGCAACAUCCUCGUCAUGCUCUCAAUCAAGGUCAAUCGACACCUACAGACCGUCAACAACUACUUCCUCUUCAGCCUGGCCUGUGCAGAUCUCAUCAUCGGUGUGUUCUCCAUGAACCUUUACACCGUUUACAUCAUCAAGGGCUACUGGCCACUCGGCCCUGUUGUGUGUGACCUGUGGCUCGCACUGGAUUAUGUGGUCAGCAACGCUUCUGUCAUGAACCUGUUAAUCAUCAGCUUCGACCGAUACUUCUGUGUGACCAAACCCCUGAGUUAUCCCACACGCAGAACCACCAAGAUGGCCGGCCUCAUGAUUGCCUCCGCCUGGAUCCUGUCUUUCAUCCUGUGGGCUCCCGCUAUCCUGUUCUGGCAGUUCAUUGUCGGAGCACGGACCGUAGCGCCUGGUGAAUGUUACAUCCAGUUCCUUUCCAACCCCGCGGUCACGUUUGGCACGGCCAUCGCUGCCUUCUACCUGCCAGUGGUCAUCAUGACGGUGCUUUAUGUGCACAUCUCUCUGGCCAGCCGCAGCCGUGUGUCCAAGCAGAACCCUGAGGAAAAGAAGGAGAAGAAAGGCCAGAAAUCUAGUGGUCUGCUCAAGAGUCACAUCUUGAAGCAGAACAACAACAACCAGUCUCCUCCUAAACCUAGCCUGGAUACCUGUUCUACGGUGGACACCAUGAAGAACGGCAAACUAGACGAGUCUGUGGGGUCCGCUAAAGCUGACUCCUGCGUGCAGCCGGAGGAGAAGGAGAGCUCGAACGACUCCAGCACAGCUAGCAUAGCGCCUAAAGAGCUUAAAGAACGAGCGAACAGUGAGGUGACUUCAGAGGCCGGCUUGACACCCGCGCCCACAGCCGUACCUAAACUCAACCCUCAAUCCAAAUGGUCCAAGAUCAAGAUAGUCACCAAACAAGCGGGAGACGAAUGCAUCACAGCCAUCGAGAUCGUCCCACCAAACAGUACCGGCGAGAAGCGCUCCAUCCCUGUGAACCGUCCCCGCACAGUGGCGCGCAAGUUUGCCAGCAUCGCCCGCAGCCAGGUAAAGAGGAAAAGGCAGAUGGCGGCACGAGAGAAGAAAGUGACAAAGACAAUCUUUGCCAUCCUGCUGGCCUUCAUUAUCACAUGGACGCCAUACAAUGUGAUGGUUUUAAUCAGCACGUUCUGCCAGUCGUGCGUUCCAGACACAGUCUGGGCCAUUGGCUACUGGCUCUGCUACGUCAACAGUACCAUCAACCCCGCUUGCUAUGCACUCUGUAACGCCACCUUCAAAAAGACCUUCAAAAACCUGCUCAUGUGCCAGUAUAAGAACAUUGGCACCAGAUGAACUAAGGGAAGAAGCAGCCAGCGAAGAUGUAGAUAUGAUAUGGAAGGUACAAAGGCUGUCCCGGUACUGUGCAGUACAUUGUGAGGCUUCAUAGUCCCAUAAUGCUGAAACAGUGUGUCAUAACCAAAAGUUUAUGUAUUAAGAAAUCAGUGUUUACAAGAGGAUGAUGGAGCAAUGGACAAGAGACUGAAUCACUGAAGAAAUCAAGCUGAGGUCAUGAAACAAAUGACUUUUCCAGUAAUCUGAUCAUUGCUCUACUGCUAAGACCACUGGAAUUUUGCACUAGAGUAAUGUGAAGAUCAAGACAAUAACAAUGCUUUAGAGAGGCCAAUGGCUCAUUUUUCCAAACGUGAAGAGACAGAAUAUCAGCAAAUACAAGCCAAAAGAGACUUGGUGAAUAAUAGGAUUUUAUUGACUCAUUUAUAUUCCCAGUAUAGCACAAAUGAUAUCGAUCAAGUCCUCUUGGUUAGUAUUAACACUGUUUCUAAACCAGACUUCUGUGACAGGAUGCACAUUCGUCAUACAGAGGUGAAGAAGAUGUGACUGGAGAACAUACCACAGCCAAAACCCAUAACAUAUGGAAAAGAAAAAGAAAAGUUUGACUGUCCUUGAAAGCAUGAUGCUCCCAAGUGAGAUUCAGUUUCCUACACCUGCACCUUCCACUUUCCAAAUGAAGGAAGGGUUACACUUUACUUGAAGGGGUGUGCAUAAGACUGACAUGACACCUUCA